AUGUAUGGCUUAGCCAUACAUGCAAAGAUCUUUCGCAAAAGAGAAGGUCAUGGAGCCACGAGUCAGACCAAGCUGGCCACAAUGGGUCGGAGGCUCCUCUCGAUAGACUUUGUGACCUUCUUGUGUUGCUUCCAGGACCUCAUGGUGUCCCAGCGGAUCUUCGUGCUGAGCCUCCAGCAUACAGCAGACGUCCCGUGGGCUGCCCAGAAAUCCUGGCAGCAGAAGCAGGCCCAGGCAAAAGCAGACCUGGAAGACCUUCACAAGCUGAGGGUACGAGCCACCGUCAUCUGCUUGCUACAACACUACUGUACACAUGCCGACCUCAAGAGCCUCUGUGUGGCUUUCUUAUAUACACGACCUGGGCGUCGCUUCCCCACAUUUUCGCGGGAGCUAUUCAACAUAUCCAUUCUGCGUGUUUUUGCUGAUGUACAACUUCAGGUGAAUGUUGACAUUAGUCAAGACACAAUGUGCGUGACACCCCGAUGCACAUGUCCAUGGCGAACAUCCCCGGAAAAGCACAGGAGGAGCCGGGUCCGAAUGCAGGUCGGUGGACGUUCAGUGUCAGUCUUGGUACCUGAGUAUGUCGCCAAGGUCAAGAUGACAAAAGCUGAAGCCCAGCAAGACUUGCAGAAGGACUUGGUGUCCGUGCCCCUGCGUUAUGACACCUUCAACCGCCCCCCAUUCAGGUCGGAAGUCCAAGGCUUGUCACUGUUCCACAAGCACCUCUAUCAGUGUUCGACCAGCCGGUUUGUACCAUAUGCCCAGCAAAUGGUGCAGCAGGGCUUGGCUUCUGCGGAGGGAUUCCUUCAGUUGCUCAUUGCAAGCUAUGAGGAAUACUGGCAUGACGUGGGUGUGCCAAGACAUAUCAGCUCAUUGAACGAAAACCUGGCAACUGUGUGGAACUUUGAUGCCAUGUCCAUGCAGAGAAGCCCCGGGUCUGAGCAUCUGCAGAGCCUGGACCAUGUCUAUGGUAUUUUCAAGCCACGGCUGGCACAUGUGAGGUGGCCGACAUCCCAGGAUUUCCUUCACGUGCAACAUGUUUGGCCCGACCAGAAAGAGAUGCAUCGGCAGUAUAAGGUGUUGUGGAACAAGGUUCAUCUGGACCGCUCUCACUGUGAGUGGCGAUCACCUGUGGAGUGUCGUGCUUCUUUAGUGCAGCCGCCAGCUAUCCUCCUGACAUGUCUCGGCAGAAAACUGCAGGAAGUGACACCUGAAAGAAGGUCGGUCAAAGCUGUCAAAUUGACAUGUCUGGUGUUUUUGAUUGCAAGUUUCCUGUUGAAGCCACCCAGCAGCUUCAAAGUUCGACCAGCUUCAGUUGCUUUGCUGCAGCAUGGUGGUCGACUGGAGACUGGGGCCUUCGCUAUGAUGACAAAGGCGCCUUUCAAGCAGAAACUCAUCUUCAUUUCUGAAAUCAGUUGGUCCCUACAGCCUGCUGCUGUGGCUGCAUCCUUUUUUCUGGAGAAGUCAAUGCACCAAUUGACUUCGACAGCCACAGGUCGGAGGACUCAUUGCUGGCAUGCUGCUUUCUUGCUGUUGGCUUCUACCACUGCUCAGGGAGCCAGCAGUGUUUGUGAGAGGGUCGGCUCCCUCUUACAUGGCCUCGAGAAAGGGGACAGCUCGAUCCAUCCGGCCCGUGUAGCCGAUCGACUCCGGAUCAGAGUAGCCCAGAUCGAGGCAGGUGCAUGGGAUGCAGCAUCCACAGAGAUUCUUGUAGUUGAUAGCCCUAAUUUAUGUGCUGCCCUGCCAGGCGAUAGGUGGUGCCCGAGAUGA